GCUUUCUUUAACGUUAAGCGAAGUGCUGUUGUUGAUUGCAAUUGUGCAAUGCUCGAUUGCUGCUUCAUUCCACUUUCAGCGAUGUACAAGCAAACAGCUCUAGCUUACAAGCUUCCGGCAAUCUGCAGCGAACUUGCUCAAUGGCAACCAACCGUUUUUCGGGUGUCCAGCUAAUUCAUCCUCAACCGGGAUUCCGAGAGCCAUUCGAAGUGCUCUGUGACCAAGAGUACGAAGGUGGCGGUUGGAUCGUGAUCCAGAAUCGCUACGACGGAUCGGUGCAUUUCUAUCGAGAUUGGGACGAGUACGAGCGUGGGUUCGGCAACAUGUUUGGAGAGUUUUGGCUGGGAUUGAAGCAGAUUCACGAACUGACCUAUUCGAUGCGUUACGAGCUGCACGUAAUAGUUGAAGAUUGGGACGGAAUCCGGGCUGUUGCAAAGUACAGCGAUUUCCUGGUGGCAGGACCUAAGGAGAAAUAUCUACUGCGCAGCUUGGGAGCGUUUAGUGGCAGUGCAGGUGAUUCGUUGACAGAAAUACACCUUGGCAAGAACUUUACAACAUUCGAUCAAAAAAAUGAUCCAAGCGCAGUAAACUGUGCAGUUGAACGUUAUGGAGCAUGGUGGUAUCGACAAUGUAGUCACGCGGAUAAUGGCAGUGCAUUAAAUGGAAGACAUAUGCAAGGCACAAAUAUAACUGGAAUAGCCUGGAACUCUUUCAGACGCGAUUACUACGGCCUCAAAAAAUCACGCAUGAUGAUUCGCGCUGUUAAUUAGAUGUUUCACCAGAAGAUAUGUUUGUUUAUAACACCAUUUCCAUAAUUCGGAAUUGAAAUUUUCAUACAAAUAAUA